AUGAGGACUUAUGUGGUUUACAGACAUGAUGAUGCAAUCAAUGACUUCUUCAAAUCGAACACCACAGUCACGAGACAACAAUGCGAUGACUUUGCUAUUGCUCGCGCUGGCGAUGUGCAAGGAGUGUGCAGCUAUACCGUAACAGCUGGGCCUAAUAAGUCCAAGCUGUUCCAAUUUCGAGAGGCGGAUUCUACCAUUGAUAUGCGCAAUAUCAGUCUCGCCAAGGCAGUUCAUUCCGAGUUUGUUGCUAGCUGCACGUACCUCGGGGCCUUGGGCGAUUCACGGCCACUCCAUAUCUACGAGAUGGAGACCCUUCCUAGGACUGCUCACAUUAUGGCGCAAUUCCACCAGACGACAUGUCCCGGCAGGGACAGGUUCUUUGCACAGUCAUGGAAUUAUGAUCAACGGCCAUGCUCAGACGACACCGAUAUCUUGAUUAGGGAUUUUGAAUACAAUUUUGACGUUCUUGCUCAAGACCUGCCGUCCCGCUUUACACCAAACCUAGAGAGGGUUCACAAGGAGCUCCCAUCCCUCUUCUCAAGCGCGCUCCCUUUUGUUCUUAGCCAUAGGGACCUUAACGUGAUGAAUAUCCUCGCCAAUCCUAAAACUGGUAAUAUCACAGGUAUUGUGGACUGGGCGGAAUCAAGAAUUCUCCCGUUCGGCUUCGCGCUAUAUGGGCUUAAGAAUCUUUUAGGGUGGAUGGAUUCCACGGGGAGGCACUACUACGAUCACCACCGCGAACUCGAGAUCCUCUUCUGGAAAACCUUUCGGGGGGAGCUAACAAUUUCUCCGAUUUUCAUCGCUGCGAGAAAGACCGGGCUUUUCUAUCAUUAUGGACUUGUUUUUGACGUACAAGGUGCGGUGCAAAGUGUGCGGGAGGAGCAGCCGGACGGUUCCCUUGAAUAUCUCAAUGCUUUCUGUACAGCUGGUGAGUGGGAUCCUGUUUUGUGA